GGGUCCUGGCAGCCCGUGGGAAGGGGGCGUGUCGACCACUGCACAAAGCUGCGGUUGACAAUCUCCGGCUCUGCCAUACCGAUGUAUUGAGGGGGCAUGUCGGCCGCCACGUCUUGCGGUGGUCGACACCCGCUAUUUGGGCAGAGAGCAGGGGCCCCAGCGGUCGGAUACCCCGCGAUCUUAAACUUAUUCCCUAUCCUUAGGAAAGCGGAUACGUUUUUCACCGUUGGACUACCCCUUUAAGGUAAAAAGGUGCACUCAUUUGGCAGGACUGCUGUUGCAAAACUACAAAUCCCAGCAUGCUUGCAACAGUUGGAGCCACCCUGGUUGGGAAACGCUGCGCUAGAGCUACACACCGCCAUACCGUGCAGUGGUGCUGCCACUGAUGUGACCCUUUUUACCCAGCUAUGUUAUGAAGAUCCCUGAAGAAUCUGUAGUUAGGGAAACACGUAGGAACUUAAAGCUCCCAGGGUCAUGACUGCUGAGAACUUCCCAUGAUCUGUGUCCACCACAGGAGCCUGAAUUCCAUGUCCAACCCAUCGGCUGGAGGAUGAAGACGGACAAUGAUGAGAUGACCAAGAGGAUAUUGAAUGUCACCCUGGAGAUCAUCUACCUGCUGACCGGAGAGGAUUAUGGACCCGUGAAGAAUUCCAUCCGACCUGUGACCUCCCGUGGAGGACUUAGCAAGACCCAGAACCCCACAGUGGUGUCUUCACCGAUACAGAAGGGACACCGCGAGGAGGAGAUCCUGGGCCUCACCAACAAGAUCAUUGAGCUGUUGACUGGAGAGGUUUCUCUCCGGUGUCAGGACGUGGCGGUCUUUCUCUCUGUGGAGGAGUGGGAGUAUCUAGAAGGACACAAGGAUCUGUAUAUGGACUUCUUGAUGGAGACUCAGCAGUGCCUGCCAUCACCAGAUGGGUCCAGUAAGACAAACACAUCAGAGAGAUGUCCCAGUCCAGAUGAUCCACAGGAGUCUACCGAAGAGGAUGACCGCGUCCUGCAGGAUGAUCAGGAUGGAAGCUUAAGAAUCAUCAAAGUUGAAGUCACAGAGACGGAUGAUUUAGAAGAAGAACCGUGCGAGGAGGAGGAGACGUCUACAGGAAUCAGUCCUGAGGGGUCCAGAAGAAGGAACGCGUCAGAGAGACGUCCCAGGCCGGACUGUGUACGGGAGUCUGAGGAAAGUGACAGCGCCCUGCAGGAUCACCAGGAUGGAAGCCUAAGAGUCAUCAAAGUUGAAGUUGUGGAGACGGAGUCGUGGGGGGAUGAGCUGUAUCCUCAGGAGACUUCUACAGAUCUCAUCCCAGGUCCAGCAUCGUCCAAUAAUGAUAACGUACUCUCAUGCACUGAAUGUGGUAAAUGUUUUACCCAUAAAUCAAAGCUCAGUAGACACAAAAGGACUCACUCGGGGGAAACUCCCUUCGCAUGUACAGACUGUGGAAAAUGCUUCAAACACAAAACAUCCCUGGUCGACCACCAGAGAAUCCACACCGGUGAGAAGCCGUUCGCCUGUUCGUAUUGCGGACAAAAAUUUGCCCACAGAUCCAUUGUCAUCGACCACGAGAGGACUCACACGGGCUUCAAGCCCUUCUCGUGUUCCUUCUGUGGCCAGAGCUUCACCAUGAGAUCCACCUACGUCAACCACCUGAGAAUCCACACGGGGGAGAAGCCUUUUUGCUGCUCAGAUUGCGGUAAAUGUUUUACCCAGAAAUCUGCACUCGACAAACACCGCUUCCUUCACACCGGAGAAAGGCCGUUCUCAUGCGCCCAGUGCGGGAAGAGCUUUUCGAGGAGAUCGCUUCUGGUAGAACACGAGAGGACUCACACGGGGGAGCGACCGUUUUCGUGUUCUGAAUGUGGUAAAUCAUUCGCCCACAAAUCCACGCUUUCCGCGCAUAAGAUCAGUCACUCGGGGUUGAAGAUGUUCUCGUGCUCUCAGUGCAACAAGUCCUUUACAACCAAGAAAGGGCUCGUGAGACACUGGCAGAUCCACGUGGGGGAUAAGUAAUUACGGUGCUGCGAAUACCGUAACAACUGGAAUCGUGUUGAGGUGUACUAGAAGUUUUAUGGGCGCACUGUUUUAGCCCCAAACUGGAAAAGUCCCAGUAAAGAUGGUGCUUGUGGAUGUAUCCAGGAAGACCUUCCACCGCUAGCAUUUAGCACGUAUAGUGAUGCCAGCAGCCCUUACCAAGGAUCGCCUGGUGUGCCCCCUACAGCUGACCAGCAGAAUCGCUAUUGCUUAGUAACCUAUGAAGAACUAUGGUCAAAAUAGAAGCACUUAGAUUGCACGUAAUAGAACAGUGGUCUCCGAAAUGUGGACCUCCGGCUGUUGCAAAACUACAAUGCUGGGAGUUGUAGUUUUGCACCUACCUUUCUAAUGUCAGACAUUCAAUAUCCCUCUGUACCUGCUGCCCCUUAUCCCUCUGUACCUGCCGCCCCUUAUCUCUCUGUACCUGCCGUCCCUUAUCCCUCUGUACCCUCCGCCCCUUAUCUCUCUGUCCCAGCCGUCCCUUAUCCCUCUGUACCUGCCGCCCCUUAUCUUUCUGUCCCAGCCGCCCCUUAUCCCUCUGUACCUGCCGUCCCUUAUCCCUCUGUACCCUCCGCCCCUUAUCUCUCUGUCCCUGCCGUCCCUUAUCCCUCUGUACCCUCCGCCCCUUAUCUCUCUGUCCCUGCCGUCCCUUAUCCCUCUGUACCUGCCGCCCCUUAUCCCUCUGUACCUGCCGCCCCUUAUCCCUCUGUACCUGCCGCCCCUUAUCCCUCUGUACCUGCCGCCCCUUAUCCCUCUGUACCCGAUGCUCCUUAUUCCUCUGUACCCGCUGCUCCUUAUCCCUCUGUACCUGCCGUCCCUUAUCCCUCUGUACCUGCCGUCCCUUAUCCCUCUGUACCUGCCGUCCCUUAUCCCCCUGUACCCGAUGCUCCUUAUCCCUCUGUACCCGAUGCUCCUUAUCCCUCUGUACCUGCCGUCCCUUAUUCCUCUGUACCCGCCGCCCCUUAGCCCUCUGUACCCGAUGCUCCUUAUUCCUCUGUACCCGCCAUCCCUUAUCUCUCUGUACCCGACGCCCCUUAUCCCCCUGUACCCGAUGCCCCUUAUCCCCCUGUACCCGACGCCCCUUAUCCCCCUAUACCCGACGCCCCUUAUCCCCCUGUACCCGCUGCUCCUUAUCCCCCUAUACCCGACGCCCCUUAUCCCCCUGUACCCGCCGCCCCUUCCCUCUGUACCUGCCGCAGAUUUUACCCUCCCCUUUUCCCUUAGUAUUUCUUUCUUGCAGUGCUCGAGUUAAUCAUCAUUGAUAUCCACUAUGCAACACCUCAUACUCAGGGCAUCGAUUGUAUUCUGCAGAUUUUCUGUUGUUCCUGUAGGUAGCGUUGUGACUCUCGCUGAUAUAUGCCUUGUUCUUUCGCGCUGGGGAGAAGCCAUUGUUUGCCUUUUUGCAUUUAGCGAUG